CACAGGAAUAAUGUAAGAAUUGAAAAAUAAAUAACGAAACAAAACAAAAAUGGGGGAAUAUAAGUAUAUCCAUCCGAAAGUGUCAAUGAUCCGACCUGGAAGGCCUCCCAAACAGGCAUCGCUCUAAACCCAGUCGGAAUGAAAGUGAAAUUAACGUUAAGUGAGAGCUCUGACCGCCCUCCAUUGGUCAGCUCAUCGUAUUACAUGUUCGGUAGCCCUUGCUGAGACCGUUUAAUACGGUUUCACCCGUUAUGGUAUGGUAUGGUAUGGAUUCGAGUCCGUGAGCAGACCUUAACACACAAUGACAAGGCACUCUAACCUGUACGGGGGAUUGGUGUAUAUUCCCGGACAAACUUCUCUGCGUCCAGAACCGAGGAGAGCCAGAUCUUCUCCCCGGAAGGCGGGGUAAUUCUUAGUCUUGCAGGGAAGAGCAAGGCUGGGUGAAGAUGGAGUUUGUAGAGUUUGGUCAUGACAUCUCUGUAGCCAGCGCGGUGCUUUGCCACAUCGGGCGCAUAGUCCUCAUAGACACGAAAGGGGUGCCCUUUAUGUAACAGGUUGCCCCUCAUUCGAGCCUCGCGCAGGAUAAGAUCCUUGGUCUUGAAACUGUGACAACAGAUGAUUACUGGGCGAGGACGCUGGCCCGGUCCAGGCACUGGGACAAGGGCGCGAUGUGCACGGUCCACUAGGGGAUCCGACGCCAAAACAUCCGGUCCCAUUGCAUCCUUCAGUAGCUUGGCGAAGAAGUCGGUGGGGCGAGAGCCCGCCUCCACCCCUUCUGCCAGACCCACAACGCAAAGGUUAUGCCGCCUGGAUCUGCCCUCCAGGUCGACCACUUUCACAGAAAGCCUCUGCACAUUAUCCUGCAAUGACGUGCAUAGCAUCUCUAACUCGUCGAUCCUACCAGCGUUGAAUUCAGAAGCUUUCUCAAGGUCCACAAUACUCUGGCCCUGCGAAGCGACCGUUCGAAUGGUGCUCUCGAUUUUAGUGUCCAGUUCAGCAAUAGUAGCCUUAAGAUCCUCCGCUAUAGCAACACGUAGUUCUCCCAAAGCCCGGGUAAGUUCUGUCAGAUUUGACUUACAGGCCUUGGCCUUCUGCGCACUUUGCCGGUUGGCCACAUCACAGAAUCAGGGGUGUUCACCCUCACUGGAUUCAACUGUCAACACAACACUCCAUUUAAAAGUGCACAAGCUCAUCACAUACUCCUUCCACCACAAGACAGUGACCCAGCUACUCCUCAGUAUUGGGGUUCUGGUGCCCCUCUGUGGAGGCAUUGAGAAGAGUGUGGGGACUGUUCGGUUCCUCCUCAUGUUUCUGCUGCUCUCUAUCAGCACAGGGGUGUUGUACACCAUACUGGGUCUGCUACUGUUUGGUGCAUCUGCCCAGAAACAGGUGGAGGGGUUCAUUCCAGUGUCCCUCUCCCUUAUGGGUAUGGCCACAGUGCACUCCCGUAUGGUUAAGGGCUUUCUUUUCGGGGUCACUGUACCCAUGUUAGCCCUGCCCUGGCUGUUUCUGUUCAUCAUAACACUUUUGGUCCCACACACUGUCUUCCUUUGCAAUGCCAUCGCCAUCAUCGCAGGGGGGAUCUACGGUAAGGGCUGGCUCUCACUUCUGGACAUGUCCGAUGCCAGGGCAUCAGUGCUGGACAAGAAGAUGCCUUUCAGGCUGCUGAGGAACAUUGGUGUCCUGUAUGUCCCUGCAUCAACAGAGGAGAGAAGGAAGACGGUCCACCCACCAAUCAUUCCAACCCCAGGCUCCUACCCAGUCCAAGCCUACGCUCCAGUGUCCUUUACCUCCAACCUACAGGCUACCGAGACCACACCAAAGACAUUUGAAGGCUGGGCCAACUCCUACUAUACACAGGGGAGCCCUGUUCAGCUCUCAGGUUAUAAUGGACACAACCAUGGAUAUGGCCUCAAGCAUAGCUUUGGGCCAAGUCACGGACAUAGUCACGAACAUGGACACAGCUGCAGCCACAGCCAAGGUCAUGGACAUAGUCACGAACACAGCUUCGGCCAUGGACUCAGUCAUGGGCAUGCAUCUGCCUCUCAAACCAGCAGUCACUGGGCUCCAGUGGCUCAACAUCCACAUUCUCAACAUUCCCACCUCAGUCCACUGUCUGUGUCUGUCAGUGCCCCCCAGAGUUUCACAGCAAAAAUGCUGGAGUCACUGCCAGAAUCUGUGAUGGUUCACCCAGGAGCACCUGUGUCUUCACUGACAGAUUGAUGACUUCAAUCCGUAACGGCAAAACCGCUAUAGCUCGAUUGAAAUUUAAAGGCAAUGUUCGCGAAGACCGGAAAUUACAUUUACAUUUCAAGCGUGCUAUUUUCAGCAAUCACAAUCCUUGUAAAAACGUCAACUCUUGGUAUAACUAAUAACAUAAAAAAAAAAAAAAUGUCAGUGUGGUUAUAAGCCGCUAUAGCUCUGAACUACGGCAAUACGGAUUUAAUCGAGCCCAUAGUUGUCAUUCAAUGUGUUUUCUGUCUCAUGUUAUACAUUGAGAUGUAAUAUGCUUGGACAUGUGGUUUGAGGCAGUACUUGAAGGUCCACUU